AUGGCGUCCCAUCCGACAAUACAAGCCUCGCAGGGGCAGCCGUCGCAAAUGUCUCCCGAGCAGAAGCCAGCGUUCACAAAUCAUCCCAUUCAACCGCAGCCAUAUCCAAAGCAGCCCCCUCAGCCCCGUCUCGUGCCAUUCCACAAGGGCUGGCAUGUUACGAAAAUCGUCUUCCGUUCUCUCGACCUCGCUUUCAGCAUUAUUGUCCUGGCUCUCGCUAUCUACGUUGUCAUCGUCUUUGGCGAUCUUCUAGCCAUCGUCCUUAUCUCACCUCCUGCUAUCCUGGCAAUCAUCUGGGAAACCGCCGAAUUCAUUACUCUCUGCGCUCGGGGAGGCAGGGUCGGAAUCCAUCCCGGCGCCCACGUCGGGCUUCACCUCAUUAUCUGGCUCGCAUGGUGUGUCGCGGUCGGUUUCAUUGCUACCCGUUUUGCCCUUUUCGGCUACUACGACGUGACAGGUUACGGCAGCGUCAUAGACACCCAGGCUGCAAUUGUGGCCUUUUCGUCUUUGCUUCUCGCCUCGCUCACACAGACGGCACCCCUCAGUAUUGUGCACCUCACUCUGUUCAUCGGUGCCUGCGUCGAUACUUCCCGUCGGAACAGUGCCGCGCGACCUGUUUACGUGGUUGCAAACGGUCCCAACGGUCCCAUCUUCGUCGCAAACCAACCCGCAGUCAUGCCACAACAACCCGCGUUCGCCUACCAACCUGGUCCGUACCAGCAGCCGGGUGCGUAUCAGCCGGGCAUGUACCCGCCAGACACAUAUCCCCAGUCGAUGGGGCCCCAGAGCGCCGCCUACCCUCCUGCCGCAUACCCACCUCCCACGCAACAAGUUCGAGCUUCCGGCAACUUCUCCACCCACUCCCCGUCAGACUUCUCUCGGACCCAAGAGCAAGCCCAGACCUCAGGAAAUGCAACUGUUUCCAGCGACAAUGGUCCGUCUGCGCCUCAACGCCAGUCUUCAGUCUCGCCUGUGGACGGUUCAUACUAUGGUCCCGGAAAUGAGUAUCAUCAGCGAGGGUAGAAUGUCGAGAUAUACGAUGACUCUGCACUAGUCUUAAUUUUUAAUGGGCACGAGCGGGUUGGGAAGGCGUUGCAGGACUGUACCUAGCAAGACUGUGCGUCAGCUUGGCUAGGCUUCUCGGCCAGUGGCCCUUGGCCAGGAUAACCUCGUGUCGGAUUGAUACCCUUUUCGUAUGGUCGUUUCUAGGCGAGCCCUGCGCUUUUGUCGUGUCACGAGAUUGAAAGAAAUGAAGGCGGCCUCCUAUUGCAAGUUGGCACCCAAGGGCUCCCAAGUCUCUGCAGCAUGUUUCUUGUGAGUCUGGAAGCUCUUGUCAUCUGCCAGAUUAUUAACGCACACACGAUGUCAAUGCAUCGGAUGUCAUUCAUCCUACAGGUGGAUGCUUAGACGCUACAUGCCAGAAAUCAAUAAGUAGCGCCCUGGUAAUUAUCGAUCUGCGGUCAGUUUGAAUCGUAAGUGACAGCAGAACAGGCCGGCCA